UCUCUUUCAUUUCGAAACUGUUUCACUUUCCCGCAGAAAAUAGGGUGUCGAAUCUGUCCUAUAACCUCAGUUAUAUUUAUUACAUUCUAAAGAUUAAAAAUGUAUCAUUUAUGAUAAUUGUGGUUUGUUUUGUGCAAAGAUUGUUCUAAGUGAUGUUGUGUAAUAUCGUUUGUGUUCUUACGAUCACUCUGUAGCGUUUUAAAAAAUUAAACAUGGCCUCAAACCGAGGAAUUCAGAUCGGAUCCGCGUGGUUCCAACGGAAACUCAAUUUGAGGCCGCAGCACCGGGGCGUGCACUUGGUUACGGAAGAGAUCCUCAAGCAGGUGCCUGAGUUGUCGCAGUUCGCUGUAGGGCUUUGCCAUAUACAAAUAAUGCACACAUCGGCAAGUCUAGCGCUAAACGAAAGUUGGGAUCCAGACGUGAGGGAUGAUAUGGAAAUGAUGCUCAACAAAAUAGUGCCAGAGGGUCUUCCUUACCGCCAUUCUUGCGAGGGCCCUGACGACAUGCCCGCCCAUGUGAAAGCAUGCUUCCUGGGUUCAUCGCUGACCAUACCAAUCACAGAUGGAAAAUUAAACCUGGGCACAUGGCAAGGAGUCUGGCUCUGUGAACAUAGAAAUCAUGCCGGCAGCCGAAAGGUUGUAGUCACACUAUCCGGUUGCCCCCGGGACUCUCCACUGUCACCCGUGUCUGCGGCGUCUUGCUCCAGUUAGGAGAGGGGGGGGGUCGCGACCCCCCACACUCAGUCCCACUCGCGACCUUCCUCCAAGAGCACGAGGAGGUAAACCUCCCAGAGCAUUUUUAUCCCACAGAAAAGAGAUCCUUCAGAGGUUUAUAUUCAUUGACCAGCUGUCAAACUGUUAAUGACAUUCUAUAUUUUUGAAUAUGGAGAACCUUUAAGAUGCCGAGCCCUUGUGUUUUAAUGUACAAGAACUAAUUAUGAGAAGGCACCUAAUUGCAUGAUAUUAACAAUAAUCACAAACCCAAAAGAGCUUUAUAUUAUCUUCUAUUUAAGAUUAUUAUUUACUUUUAAGAUAAGAUUUUCCUUAUAAUUAAUACUAGUGCUUUGCAGCAUAUUGGCACUUUUCUCUUUUCUGUGUUUUAAGCCUAGAACCACAGUACAUGUAACAAGCAGUGACUCAACUCUAGCUUUAGCGCUUCUAUGCUUCUGUUUUAUUUUUUUGUUUGAUUGCGCGUUGUUUUACAUAAAGUACCUAAGCUUUUCAUACAAUAGUUUAUUGAUAGUUUUAAAUUAUUUAGUUGUACUGAUUUGAUUGUUGCGUAAUUUUAUUAAUAUUUACAGGUCCUAGAAAUUCACGUGUCAAAUGAGGCUGUAUUAGUACUAACAAUGAGGUUGCAGGUUCCAAAGCAGACCUUAAAUUAUUUCCUUGUUUGAGUCUGCACUGAUAGACUUGGAGAAGCCAGAGCUCUACGAGGGGCCUGGUGUUCGGUUCUAUUAGUGCAGAUAAUUAGAACACCCAUAUGGAAUUGAGUUACUGUUUUAAUUAUAUGUACUGUUCCUAGAUGUUAGUUCUUAUUAUCUUCGAGCGACAAUAUGUACAUAAGAUUAAUAUUUUGUAAAGCUGUGCAUGGCAGUUUGAACAGCAUUACGGCAGGCCGCUUCAGUAUUCAUGCAUAUUUCAUACCGGAAUUUCGCCUUCAAGGCCGACCGUCAAAGUUGUACCAGCGACCAAGUUAACGUCGAAUGAAAAAUGCAUGGCUGUCGCCGCUCGUGUAAUUUCAUUUCGGUUAUUUUUCAUAGGAAUUGAAUUGUUUAGUUGCCUUCCAUUCCUGUCACGAAGUGCCAUGCCAGACGUUUUAGUUCAGUUCCAAAGGACCCAUUGUACAUAAUUGUGCAUUAUACAUAACUCUUGGUUUGUUAUCGCGCGCGGUCAUCGCUUGCAGACUCCGUUGGCGCGUCAUUACCGAUAACUUCGGUGUGUUUAUAUUCACUAUUGCACUCGUUCAAUGUUCAACUAACAGGGAGACACAAUAUUUUUAUCACUUAGAUUUAUAUCCAUCAGCGACACCAACUUUAUGCACCAGUUAUGGGCGUAAGGGCGUUAGUAUAAGCUACUCUCGAAUCCCUUUAGGCUACUUGUAACGAUUAGUACGUGAGACAUGUCCAUAGCUUUAAAUGUACCGAUCCGUUGUAUCAACGGUCCUUCCCGGGAUAACGAUGAGCUACUUUCUAGUGUAGUAUAUCAUUAUUGUUAAGGUCAAGUGCCUCGGUGGUUACGAUUUCGUUGCUGCCGCUGCGAAGGACGGACGUGGUCGACUGAACUUGGCUUCCUCGCACCAUUCAUUUUCCAAAUCAUAUUGGCUUAAUUCGUCCCGAUUUGUGGCGUGCGUGUCUAGUUGUAUGUCUUCCUAUGUAAACUCCAGCAUCAGGAUUAGUCUUAUCUGGUAUUAAUAAUUGGUAAUAUGUAAACGGUAUUAGGGUUACACUGAGGCAUUCACAAUAAAUUAGGAUAAUAGAAUGCUUCGAGACGAAUCCUUGGGCGGCAUAGUGAAAUAUAGAUAAAUAUAUAGAACAUAUGGGUAGUUUUGUACGGACUGUAGUUAUAGGAUGAGGUUUUUUCUAAACAUUGGGGUAUACCAGAUUGUCUAUUUCGUUACGAAUAUAAAUUGCACAAAUACACUGAACUCAUAGAUUAAUGUUAGGAUACGAAUGCUUACUAGAAGCGCCGCUGGCUGUGGAACGGCUGGCUCAAACCAUUUGAUUUCUAUGAAAUGAAUUUUGAAUAUUUUGGGCACAUCUAGGACGAUAUGAGAAUUUAAAUAUCUGGGUGUAAUUGAAGGGUUAGGGGUGUGUUUGGGGGUUGAUAAUAUACGCACAAUAGAACGUCGUUCAGAUUUAAAGUGGGACGGUCAUUUGUGUUUCACUUUGGGAGAGAAAAUCGUUUUGUCUUUUGUUUUUCUAUGGAUCUUUAAUAUUGUUUCAUUUUUAUUUAUUACAUAUUGUAUUGGUUGGUGUUACAUUUUAUUUUUAUAAUCGUUUUGUUGUAGUGUAAGCACAAUUGUUAUUUAAACAGUUA